CUUGGAGGAAGUCUGGCCACGGACAGGGGGCUUCUAGCUUGAGACGAAGGGUCGGGGGGGAAGGGGCUCCGGGCCAGGGAGGUGAGAGGGGAGCUCCCGAGGAAAGAGUUGGCGGGGAAGCCAGCGCAACAGCAAGUCUCGUGGAUCUUGGGGAAUACACUCAGGAUGCUGGCCUCCGCCCUCCUCGUCCUCCUCCUCUGCCUCAGAGGGCAUGCAGACCCAGUGCCCCAUUUUCUGCAACAGCCUGAGGACCUGGUGGUGCUGCUGGGGGACGAGGCCCGCUUGCCCUGCACCCUGGGUGCAUAUCGGGGGCUGGUUCAAUGGACUAAGGAUGGACUGGCUCUAGGGGGCGAGAGGGACCUGCCAGGGUGGUCCCGGUACUGGAUAUCAGGGAACACAGCCAGCGGCCAGCACAACCUGCACAUCAGGCCAGUGGAGCUGGAGGACGAAGCUCAGUACGAAUGUCAGGCCACACAGGCAGGCCUCCGCUCUCGCCCAGCCCAGCUGCACAUACUGGUGCCCCCAGAAGCUCCCCAGGUGCUGGGCGGCCCUUCUGUGUCUCUGGUUGCUGGGAUUCCUGCCAAUCUGACCUGUCGGAGCCGUGGGGAUGCCCGCCCCACCCCCGAGCUGCUGUGGUUCCGAGAUGGGGUCCGGCUGGAUGGGGCCACCUUCCAUCAGACUCUGCUGAAGGAAGGGACCACUGGGCCAGUGGAGAGCACUUUAUCCCUGACCCCUUCCAGCCAGGAUGAUGGAGCCACCUUGGUCUGUAGGGCCCGGAGUGAGGCCCUACCCACAGGGAGAGACACAGCUAUCACGCUGAGCCUACAGUACCCCCCAGCGGUGACUCUGUCCGCAGAGCCUCAGACUGUGCAGGAAGGAGAAAAGGUCACCUUCCUGUGCCAGGCCACGGCCCAGCCUCCUGUCACCGGCUACAGGUGGGCAAAGGGGGGCUCCCCGGUGCACGGGGCCCGCGGGCCAAGGUUGGAGGUCUUCGCAGACGCCUCGUUCCUGACUGAGCCGGUGUCCUGUGAGGUCAGCAACGCCGUGGGCAGCGCCAACCGCAGCACUGCGCUGGACGUGCUAUUUGGGCCGAUUCUACAGACAAAGCCGGAACCGAUGUCCGUGGACAUCGGGGAAGACGCUUCCUUCAGCUGUGGCUGGCGUGGGAACCCGCCUCCACGGGUGACCUGGACCCGCCGCGGGGGGCCGCAGGUGCUGGGCUCCGGGCCCACGCUGCGCCUUGCAUCCGUGGGGUCCGAGGAUGCAGGCGACUAUGUGUGCAGGGCUGAGCCAGGGCCUUCGGGCUUGGGGGGCGGUGCUGCGGAAGCGAGGCUGACAGUGAACGCUCCCCCCGUAGUAACAGCUCUGCGCUCUACACCCGCUUUCCUGAGGGGCCCUGCCCGCCUCCAGUGUCUGGUGUUCGCCUCCCCUUCCCCAGAAGCCGUGGUCUGGUCUUGGGAUGAGGGGUUUUUGGCUGCGGGGUCGCGGGGCCGGUUCCUGGUGGAGACAUUCCCAGCCCCGGAGAGCCUCGGGGGACAGCACGAGGGCCUGAUCUCCGUGCUACACAUUGCGGGGACCCAGGAGUCCGAUUUUAGCCAGAGCUUCAACUGCAGUGCCCGGAACCGGCUGGGCGAGGGAGGCACCCAGGUCAGCCUGGGCCGGAGAGUGUUGCUGCCCACUGUGCGCAUCAUUGCCGGAGUUGCCGCCGGGGCCGCGACUCUCCUUAUGGUCAUCACUGGGGUGGCCCUCUGCUGCUGGCGCCAUGGCAAGGGUCAGUCCUCCUUCUCCGAAGAAAAGAACCUGGUGCGAAUUCCAGGCAGCAGCAACGGCUCCAGUUCUCGGGGCCCAGAGGCAGAGAUGGCCAGCGGCGAGGACCGGGGCCCCAUUGUGCACAGGGACCACAGUGACCUGGGUCUGGAUGAGGAGGGGGCUCUGGAGACCAAGGACCCAACCAACGGUUACUACAAGGUCCGAGGAGUCAGCCUGAGCCUAAGCCUUGGUGAAGCCCCUGGAGGAGGUCUCUUUCUGCCACCCACCUCUCCCCUUGGACCCCCAGCAACCCCAACCUUCUAUGACUUCAGCCCAUACCUGGGCAUGGUUCCUCCCUGCAGAUUGUAUAGAGCUCGGGCGGGUUAUCUUACCACACCCCAUCCUCGGGCUUUCACCAAUUACAUGAAACCCACAUCCUUUGGACCCCCAGACCUGGCCCCUGGGACUCCCCCCUUCCCAUAUCCUGCCUUCCCCACACCCAGUCACCCCCGCCUCCAGACUCAUGUAUAACACCUCUCUGACUGAAGAGUCCUGAGACCCCCAACUUGCCAUAAUGGAUUAGCCCGACUUCUGAGGAACCAGAACAAUUUGGCAACCUUAUGCCUCCAAACUGAACAUUGUAGGGAGGGAAAGGUCCUUACAGUUGUGUAGGUCAGUGGUAUAGAGUCAGCUCAGCCAAGAGGAUGCCCCAAAGUGGAAGUAAGAUGACUCCUAUGCCCACCUCUUCUCUAUGUGUAAAAGAAAUUCAGGAUGGCAGAUGGGCCCUUUGCAGAGGGAUGGGAACAGAGGUUGAUGGGAGUUAGGGGCUGGGAUGGAAUUUGUCCCUGGCCACUGAGAAAAAAGAUAUUUCAAGAUGAUUACCUAUAAUGAGAAGAAAGGUAGCAGAGGGAAGACGAAGGUGGAGGAUAAGACAGGCCCCACCCUGUCCUGGUUCUCCCUGUGGGGCACUUUGCUGGGCCAGUAGAAGUGCAGCCAAGAUGGUUGUUGUUUGUUCACUCCCUGAAAUCCAGCAUGGCCACCAUCUUGAUUUCUCUACCUUCCUUAAAGGCAAAGAAAGAAUUGGACUAAAGGAAUGGGGAUAGGGUGAGAACUAUCAUGGGGGGGGAGGGGGAGGGUUAAGGUGAUGAAAGGGAAUCUGGAAUAUUUAUGUUUAAUAAAAAAAAAGUCAAAGGAAUUAAUGUGUCUUAGGGAUUCUCCCAGCAUUAUUCCCCUCCAUCAAGGAGGUAGUCCAUCACACCUGCCCCAAGGCCCUUCCUUUAUCCCAACCUAUGAGGGUGCUAUGGAGCCAUGGUAUCACAGUGGUUAAGAGCUAUGGCUGCUAACCAAAAGGUCAGCAGUUUGAAUUCAUCAGCUCCUCCUUGGAAACCCUGUGAGGCAGUUCUAUUCCACUCCAUGGCAACAGGUUUGGUUUUGGUUUUUUCUGAGGGUGCUGUAGAAGCAAAGCAGUACCUUGCUACCUGUUUAGCCCUCUAGGCUCUCUUAACAUGCAUCUACAGACACACACACAUACAUAGAAACACAUGUGUGGGCAUGAACCUGCAGACAGAAGCACAGAUGCAGAUACAUAACAGGACUGCCCCAGUUGGCCUGGGGAAGACAGAAUUCUACACUCAUCUGAGGAGACAAAGCAGCGAGCCCUAGGAUGGGAAGAGAUGCUAGAAAGGGUUGGAAAAUUGAAACUCCCUGGUCCUUAGAACAAAGGCAGGGUGGGAGUGGGGAGGCUUGCCCUGAGGCACUGCCCCCUUGAUGAGUAAGGUGCUGGGGGCCUGGACUUGAAGGGCCUGGGGGCUUUUGUCCAGGAGUGUUUGAGCUAGGAGGGAGUUAAAAGGUCCAGAGACCUGGGACCUUUGGGAAGCAGGGCAGGAGGCCUGGACACCUGGCUCUGAGGGAGAAGGGAUUGGAGACUUAGUAUCUGGCUCUGAGGGAGAAAGGGCCUAAUGCCGCGACUCCUGGAUCUGAAGGAGGAGAGGGCUGGCUCUCAACUGUUGUGUUCUCGAUUGGGGAAAUUCUGGAGGCCUGCAUUCCUCAAGAGAGGGAUUGGGGACGGUCCCCAACGCUGGCAUUCCUGAAGGCGGACCAAGCAGACAGCGGGUAUCUGGGUCUCAGGGAGGA